CCGAAGUCCCUCGAUUCCUCGAUCGAACACGAGUUUUUGGUUUUCGAUGGAUUGUUGGUUGAUGGAUUCGGCCUUCAUGUUUAAUUUCUGCAAUUUCGUCUGCAACACCAUACAAUUCCGUACCGUACCCACAGAAUGCAAGCCAACCGAUCUCGUUGACCGGUGCGUGCAUGGGUCGUAGGCGAAAGGUAGCCGAAACGAAACGAAACCAAGMCGCAUCCGCAACCGCAUCCGCAGCGACGACGACGACGACGACGAUGCGCGCCACGGAGAGGCGCCUCGCGAGGACGCUGCUGGUGGGCCAGAGGUUCCGGGGUUCCCCCAACGGCCCAGCCGGCGCCGGAGCAAAGGGCGGCAUCCGUCUCCGACUCCGCGGUCCCCGGCCCGACGCCGGGGCCCCCCGCUGGUCCUCCGGCGAGCCCAAAGCCGCGAUCGGACGAAAGAGCCCAAAGAAAAUCGCCGUCGCCAUGUCCGGGGGCGUCGACUCGUCGGUCGCCGCCUACCUCCUGGCCGAGCGCCACCCCGCCGGGGAACUCGUGGGCAUCCACAUGUCCAACUGGGACUACCACGACGAGGAUCCGUCUACCGCCGGGUCGGGAAGGCCCGGGCGCGAAUCGUCGCACUGCUGGGAGCAGGACUGGAAGGACGCGGUGGCCGUUUCCGAACGGCUGGGCAUCCCGAUUCACCACGUCUCCUUCCAGGCCGAGUACUGGAACGACGUCUUCGAGCCGUACUGCCAGAAGCUCUCGCGGUCCGUCACCCCGAAUCCGGACGUCGACUGCAACCGGUACAUCAAGUUCGGUGCCCUGAAGGAGUACCUGGGGGAACGGUUCGGCGGAGGCAUCGAUCGCCUGGCGACGGGGCACUACGCGAGGCUCUGGGACCGGAGCCGGGACGAGGAGAUGCCGGACUGCCUCCAGCGGGCCCUCGAAGAGGAGGAGUCUUCCUUGCUCGCCGACUACCUCCUCCGCCCGUCGGUGGCCGGCGAUCCCGUCCUGCUCGCGGCGCGGGAUCGCUCCAAGGACCAGUCCUACUUUUUGUCGGGGGUGCCGGCCCGGGCCUUUUCGGGGGUUGUCUUCCCCCUGGGGGAUCUGUACAAGACCGAUGGCCGCCACCGCCUCAACAACAGCAACAAGAACAAGAACAAGAACAACAAUAGCAACAGCAACGAUUCGGUGGCGGACGGCGGACACGGGAUGCCUUCCGUUCGGGACCUGGCGAGGCAGGCCCGCCUGCCGAACGCCUCCAAGAAGGACUCCGUGGGCAUUUGUUUCAUCGGCAAGCGCAGGCACGGGGACUUUAUCAGCGAGUACCUGGACCACCCCCUGGGAAGCUCGCCGCCGGAAAAAUCGGUGGUGGAGUGCGUCCACGUCGAAACCGGCGAGGUGGUUUCCACCUUUGACCCGCUCGAGGCCCCGUCGCUGGCCUACGCCACGGUCGGGCAGGGCGCCAGGCUCUCGGGCGCCGCGCAGAAGUGGUUCGUCGUCGAGCGCCAGCUCCGGCCCCCGCAAGACAAGGCAGGGACCGCGGCCGUGGCCUGCGGACGGUGGGAGUCCCCCCGCGUGGUGGUGUGCCCCGGGACGCACCACCCGAGCCUGUACACGGACACGUUCCGGAUCCGGUCGGACUCCUUCAACUGGACGGCCGGUGGGGGGGAUUGCAACGAGCCUCCUCCCCUCCCCUUUCGGGCCCGGUGCCGCAUCCGGCACCUGCAGCCCCUGGUGGACUGCGAGGUCCGCUUGGCGGACGCCGGUGGAGACGGAGACGGCCGCUGCUACGAAGUCGUCCUGGGGACGCCGCUGAGGGGGGUCGCUCCGGGGCAGGUCUGCGUGCUGUACGCGGGCGGGGCCGGGGGGGACCUGGUCUGCCUCGGGGGAGGCCCGAUCGAGGAGCGGGGGCCCAGCUACUGGGAGGCCCAGCGGGACCUCCCGGAGGCCCUGCACCCGUCCGGCCACAACGACGCGGGGGUUCCGUCCUCGUCCGGGCCGGGGGGCCGGUGAGGAACCGCGUGUUGGGGCGGGAGAAAGGCAUUGCCUCCCACCGGUAGCCUCGGGCACGGUCCUCGUCCCAUGCAUUCGAGCUGCCUAGCCCGAGGUGCAAUGGUACUAGAAAAGGAUUCUGCAUGGUCAGCUUGAUUCUAGUAUCGCGAAGAACACUGCAUAGAUUCCACGACAGGAUUGCUGGGCAGAAGUAGGAUAAGGCUGGAUAUCCUUGAAACUCCUAAUUUCUAUGCAACAGCAUCUGAAACUGCAGAUUCAUGAAGAACCCUCUGUCUUCUCCAAUACCAAAAAUCCAAUAAUUGUGGGAUAUCUAGUAGUGUUACUAAUGAUUGAAUAUCUUCCUUUUGUUCUCCACUGUUUUUUGUAGUU